AUGGCAACUCGGCAAGCUUGUCAGCGGCUUGCGCUGCGGCGCAUCACAUCGCAGAUGACUGCUGCUGCUGCUGCUCCAGUGACAGUCGCUGCUGCGAGGACGGCGAUGGGCUCUGCAAUGCUUCGACCAGUGCCUACUUUGAGGCCAAGGGAUCAAAGCAGGAGUAUUGGUGCUAUGCGGUGGUAUUCUGCUGAGAACCAGGUGCCGAAUAGUCGCAUCUGGGGCUUUGACGAGAUCAAGACGCUGGUCGAGAAGGAUCCCAAGGAAAAGGUCAUCCUCGUCGACGUCCGCGAACCCUACGAGCUCCUCGACACCGGCAAGAUCCCCGGCGCCAUCAACAUCCCCAUCACCUCUGCCGUCCAGAGCUUCCACAUCUCCGACGAGGACUUUGAAGACUUGUACGGCUACGCCCGCCCGCCCAAGGAUGCCUCGCUGGUGUUCUACUGCAAGGCUGGCGUGCGGGCCAAGGCGGCUGCGGGCUUGGCGCAACAUGCUGGAUGGGACAGCGUUGGCGAGUAUCCGGGUAGCUGGCUCGACUGGGAUAAGAAUAAGGGGCCGGUCGAGGUGGUUAAGCAGGGGAAGAAGGACAAUUGA